CACAUGGGAGAAGAAGUGCGUCGCCUGGAUACUGCAUGAAGCUUGAGGAUGUUCAACAGAUUAGAAGAUGCAGGAGGAGUGUGUGUCUCUGCAGGUGUGUGUCAGUGUGGUUGGAGCGCUGGAGUGUGUAGUCCGCCGUUGUCUCGGUCCAGACGGUGGAAGUGUGCUGUUCACACGAGACACAGGAGAAACUCUCAUCACCAGACAUGGACAACGCGUUCUCCGCACACUCCACCUGCAGCACCCUAUGGCCAGGAUGGUGUUGGACUGUGUGUGUGCACAUGCUAAAGCUACUGGAGAUGGCACGAAAUCAUUCCUUCUCCUGCUGGCUGCGCUGUUACGAGAAAUUCAGGACUCACACAUGCAGCGCAAAGGAUCUUGGAGCAUCCCUAGUCUUCAAAAUCUUGCUAAUCGCCUGUUGGCUGUGAGCAGGAAGGAGCUGGAAGAUGUCGUAACACACGAAAUUACCCCAUAUGCCUCAUUGUACUGUAAUCACCAUAGUUACAAACUGGAGGGCAGCAUUCUUGAUUUGUUGAUCGGCGGGUAUAUUUCUGGAAGAGUGGGGAUCGGCCAGGCGGAUGUACUGAAACGAGUCCUGUGUGAGUUAUACCACAAAAUCAGUCAAGAUCAAAAUGCAGAAGAAACAAUCUCAUUCAUACAUUCACACUUCUCUUUUCUACAUACGGCCGUGACAGGACUUCCUAUUGGCUGCUCAGAGGUGAUUGAAGGCCUGGUUGUGACCUGUGAUUGGUCAGUGUGGACUGAACCAGCAGGAUCAGUAAAAGCACUCAUUUUAUAUGAGAGUUUUGGAGCUUCCUUUGUCGCUGUAGGUGAAAACAUAUCCGUGUGCAUUCAAAAGGACUAUCUGCAACGCACAGAGAGCGCCAUGAAGCAAAAGUUAGCGAGUUUAUUGGACUUACAGGUGCAUGUGGUGCUGUCUUCCGUGAAGCAGCCAGAAAGAGUGUCACAAUGGGCUCGACUGAACCACGUUUCUCUACUUGAGUGUGUCGAUUCGGCCCAGCUGGAUUUUCUUUCAAACAUCAGCGCUGCAGAAACACUCUCUCAUCCACCACUUCAACACCUUGUGAUGCUCAAGUACUGCAGACGUGUGCAACUCGGCGGGCAUCGCUAUGCCUGUCUGGGAACGUUUUUGCACAUGCACACGCUUGUUCUUUGUGCGCCAGCACCGGGAUUUCUUGACCAGAUUGUGUGUGUGAGCCAAGGUGUGUUUGCAAUGCUGCAACAUCUAUCUCAAAGCUUCUGUCAGACACUGGCAUCUGACCAAUCACAGAGUCCUUCUUUGGACCAAUCACAAAGCGUGCUUUCAUCACAAGACCUGUGGGGUGGUAUUCUGCGUGCAGGUGGAGUGCUUCCUGUUGGCGGCAUGUUUGAGUUCUUGCUACAUCAUUUUUUGUUGAACGAACGUAACUCUUGUGACCCACAGAGCUGUAGGCUUCUGGCAGAGGCUUUGUUGUGCUUGCCUAGAACGUUGUAUUCUCGCAAUCACAGACGGUUUCUGAAUAUCCAGACGCGUUUCUUGGAUGAUCUUAAGCAAUGGGACAAGACCAAAGAGCAAAGGUCAGAAAUGCCUGAGUUGAAGGUUGGGUUCGGGUUCAGUGAGAGUUCUGUACCGUGUCUUGAGUCGGUCAGUGGAAAGAAGCAGCUGGUUGUUUCUGUCUUGCAGUGUUUGCACAGACUCUUAUGUGUAGGGGCUAUUUUAAACACACGCUGUCCAUUACGCACCGGCCCUCAAACACACUCUGAGGAGGAUGAGGAUGAGGAGGAAGAGAAGCCGAAGCAUUCAAACUCUACUCAAUCAACAGAUGCAUAAGUCUGUAAUAUGCAGU